AAUCCUUCCAACUAAACCAACAAUUGAACCGUUUAACACUUUCAAAGUUGACUCCAAGGAACAUCUCCAGAGAAAACGAAAACUCCCUUUGUCGAUCCUUUGGUCCAGUCCAAACACCAAGGAGAAUGAUGAAUCGAUGGUUUAUCAAAUUGCCACCACUUGGUAUUUUCUU